AUAGAUAUAAUAUUUUAAUAUAGAUCUAGAAUCAAGAUCUAGAUCUAGAAUCUAUAUCUAGUAACAAUCUAGUUCUAUCUCUAGGGUCUAGAUCUAUCGGGCUGCAUAUCGUUUAUCCAGGGUACCUGCAACAAAGAUUCAUACAUAGUUUUGUCAGCUUUGAAUUGUGAAGACCUGGACUCUAGAUUUGACUGUUGAGAUUUUUCUAAUUAGAGGAGUAGGCAUACUACAAUGGCUACACAGCGAUACAGCACUGCUCAAAAGAUUGCCUUUGCUGGGAUGACAAUUGGAUUUGUCAUGUGCACAGUGGGAUGCAUAGCUCCAUUCUGGCAGACUGGCAAAAUUGACUCCAGUAUAAUUACAUCCAACAUUGAUCUUGGGAGUUUCAAUGGAGUGUUGAAUAAUUUGCCCAAAACUGAACUAGCCAAGAUGUAUGGUGGACUCUGGUGGUACUGCGAAGAAGUCAUCUUGGUGGGGAGAGAGUGCCAUGUUUAUGAACUGGAUGGAAACAAAAUUGAAGACUGGGCCAUUCGAGGGCUCGCUGUACUGAGUGUGUUCCUCUCCUUGGUGUGUACACUGGCUGCCCUAUGCAGGAGCUGCUGCUGUGAAGGGGGAAAAACUGUCUGCCAUGGAGUAAUGGCUUUCUUGUCUGGUGCAUGUGGCCUUGCAGUUGUUGGACUUUUUGUCAGUACUACAAGUGAUGGUUUUGCAAUGAAACUUAAUCUGGAAGGCUUUGGUUGGGCUCUCUUCGUCUUUGCUGCCGGGGCAGCAAUCAUAACUGUUGUGUCCUUUAUUUUGUGCUUUGCCUCACCAAUGAACCCAUUCGCUGGAAUUAUUAUUGAUGGAGUCAGCCAUAUUAUGCCCAAUGGCUAUUCGAGAAUGACUUCUGAGCAUCAAAUGCAGCAGCAAGCAGCAGUUACUUUCAAUCCCCCAGCAACCAAUAGAUACUAAACAUACAAGCUCAGUGUCAUUGUUUCAAUUAACAGUCACCGCCAUUUUUUGUUGAUGGGUUGUUCAAUUGAAAAAAAAAAGUCAUAAAGUAUUUCAUCAUUGUGUUCUAUUGUCUUAACUUUUCAGCACUUGGUGUACAAAUUACUGUUCAACAUAUUUCUUUGUCACCAUUUUUUUUUUCAUUUGGAUAUUCUUAGCUGUUUAUUGUUAGGCUUUCACUACUUCAAUUUUAUUUUUCCAAAUAAUUGCUGGCAGGGUAAGUUGUUUUUUUGUGCUGCUGUUCACCAAACUACAAAAAGGAUUAUAGUUUCAGCAAGUGCAGAAAAUAUGAUAAUAUUUGCUCAUCAUCAAGAAAUGCGAUUCCAAAUUCAUCAAUUUGUUCCUAGUUAGUUGCAUUUUUUUUAUCUUAAUAAUUCUUGAAAAUAUUACACAUAUAACACAUGGAAGUUAUUUUCUUUUUUUCUUUUGAUUUGUAAUAUGACUUUCUAGUGGUUUGCACCUUGAUAACUAAGUUUAAUCUUACAAUGAUAAGCAAAAUCAUUUUAUGCUUAUAAUCUUUACUCAUAAUUGUCUGUGCUUGAGUAGAUGACAAAAUGCUUCAAUAUCUUCUUAUCUUGAAAUGUCACUUUUUUUAACAUGCAUCAACUUAGAAUCAUUUGAGUUUUAUAUUUUAGUCUUAACACCAAGAGUUCCCUUGUAUUUAAGGGUGCUUUGAAUCUCUUGGAAAUAAAAUGAUAUUAUUUUAUACAAUAGCCAAAUAUUCUUGUGUAAAAAUGUACAUCUCUUAAUAUUACUGUCUUUUUCUAUUUUUUUGUUGCUUUGACUUGGGUCAUUCCAUCAGUCUUAAAAAAAAAUAAAUCAAAUGAACAAUAUUUACUUGCUAGCAUUUUAAAUCUCUUUAAUUGAAUCUCACUUAUGCUCUGAAAUGAAAGUUUUUAUUAGAGUAACGAACCUUUCUUUAUUUUCAUUUCAUGCAUUGCUUUUUUUUGUUCUGCCUGUGAAAUUAUUCAGUAACAUUGUACCUAUUUUAUUUUAAACAGAGUUUGCACAAUAGCUCAAACAAUCUAAUCAUUCUUUGGAUUGACAUACUUGUUUUCUUGUGCUUUCUUUUUAUGCUACAGCUGUUCUGUUUGUAGGAAUACUAUGUCAUGAUAUUAGUAACAUGAUAUUAGUAACCCUAGGUAGGACUUCUUUUGCUUUUCUGGGUUUAUUUAGAAUGUUAAUCACUGUAAACAUUUUCUUCUUUUGUUUGUAGCAUGUGUUAAUUAAAAAUUAGUCACUAA